AUCAGCCACAUGCUGACUUGCUUCCGGACCAAAAUAUUGGUGUUUUAUAAUUUAAGUAAUUUCUGCUUAAAUAUAUUCCUUCAUUUCCUUGAGGCUCUAAAUCAUGUCAAACAGUGAAGCAUUUCUUAAAGCAGCCGAGGACAUCAAGACACUGACCACCAGCCCGACUAAUGAAGAGUUCCUGGACCUUUACAAGUUCUACAAGCAAGCCACAGUUGGAGACUGCAACACAGACCGCCCAGGAAUGUUUGACCUCAAGGGAAAGUAUAAGUGGGACGCUUGGAACAGUCUCAAGGGGACGGGGAAGGAAGAGGCUGAGAAGAAAUAUGUUGAUCUAGUCACUGAACUCCUAACGAAAUAUGCCAAUUAACAGGACUGGACUAUCAUAAAAUUAGACUUUGAUAAAUAUUAUUAUUAUUAUUGUUUUGUUGUUUGCUUUAAAUUUGCUUUAAAA